CGGCCGCCUUUCCCACCACCCCACGCAGUUUUCCUCCUUGCAUUCCCCGUAUACUACUGCUUGUACUGCCCGUAUCAUGACGAAUCGCGAAGAGGCAGCUACCGAGACAACGCCCUUGGUCGGGAACACGUCUGCUGCAGAGCUCGAGGCAGCCAGCCAGCGCAGGCGCGAUGAGCUCAAGGGGUACGUUUUCAUGGCGCUCUCUGCACUCGGGUUCGCAACAAACUCGGCUUGUGUCAAGGCGCUGGCCAUUGCAAACUUCCCGUCCCUCGAGAUCGUGUUCGCCCGCAGCGUUGUUCAACUCGCGCUGGGUCUUCUUGGCUGUCUGUACUACCGUGUGAGUCCCAUGGGCCCAAGCAACGCGAAUGGGCUCCGCAAAUGGCUGGUUCUGCGUGGUGCCGCCGGCGCAUUCGGAAACGCCUGCUUCUUCUAUGCGGUCUCGGUCAUGACGCUCGCCGAUGCCACUGUUGUAUUCUUCACCGGCCCAGUGUUCAGCGCGAUCUUCGCCAAUCUCAUGCUUGGCGAGCCCUACGACGGGUUCGACAAGAUUGCGUCAGCCGUCUGCAUGCUGGGCAUUGUGCUUGUGCUCAAGCCCAGUGCACUCUUCUCCGAGCACCUUGGUAUGCUUGGCGAGAUGCACCAGGUGCGCGGUGCUGCUGCUGCCCUGAUCGGCGCCAUGUCUGGUGCUCUGGCCUAUUGCGUGGUUCGCAAGGUUGGCCGCGGUGUGCAUGCCAUGGUGCAUGUCGUGUACUUUGGGUUCCUGUCGUUUGUUGGCUCGUCUAUCGCCAUGUUUGCGUUCCAGAAUCCACGCCUGCCACAGACUACCUACGAGUGGACGGUGAUGGCCAUGGUUGGCUCGUUCGCAUAUCUGGGCCAGGUCCUACUGAACCGCGGGCUCCAGCUUGCCCCUGCUGGUCCAGGCACCCUGAUGCGCAACAUGGACGUUGUUUUCGCUUUCCUGUUUGGCAUCACGCUGUUUGACGAGGUGCCAGACUGGAUUAGUGUCCUGGGUGCAGCUGUCAUUGUUGGAUGUACCAUUGCGAUGGGCCUACACAAGUGGUUCAGUCACACUACCUAAAAUAACAUAUAAAUGUCCUGCUCGGUCUCGCAUUGUAGUAGCUCUGUUUUUAAGCCUCUAUCCGUGUUUAAAGAGAGCUUUCAGCAGUGGGUUGAUUUUGCAGCAUCUCCAAGUCGACGCUCAUCGAGAACAACUGCAUGAGAUAACCACUUCAUCACAAGCCGCCGCUUAAGAUAAUAAACGCU